UUCCCACCACCCAUAUAUUUCCUCGCAAUCCCCAAUUGCAUUCCAUCGAUCGACCGGAAACCCUAAUCAAGGUCCGCUCGGUCUCGAUUUCGAUCUCGUUCUCGGUUUCUGUCUCGGUCUCGAUUUGGAGUCGUUUGCUCCCUCGUUCCGUUGAUUUGUCCUUGCUCAAUCCCGAAGUCAGAUCUUGCUUUAGGGUUUCCGGAGCAGCAGCUGAUCCAUGGCGGAUCGGAGCGCGGCGGCUGCGAAGCCCAUAUGGAUGAAGCAGGCAGAGGAGGCUAAGAUUAAGAGUGAGGCGGAGAAGGCGGCAGCGGCAAAGGCCGCUUUCGAGGCCACUUUCAAGGCUAUGGAGAAGGCCAAGGCGAAGGAGGAGGAGGAGGAAUCUUCCGACAGCGACGGGGACGAGCCGGAAGACCUUGCGUUGAAGCCCAUCGGCCCCGUGGACCCAUCCAAGUGCAUCGCCGCUGGCGCUGGGAUCGCCGGAGGCACCGCUUGCGCGCCGUGCACCUUCACUGUCGUAACCAAGGAUUCUGACAGCCGGAAGAUUCCCACCGGUGGAGCCCAGAUCAAGGUGAAGAUCUCGCCUGGUGUUGGAGUCGGGGGCUCCGAUCAAGAGGGUAUGGUUAAGGAUCAGGGGGACGGGGCGUACGCCGUGACGUAUGCAGUGCCCAAGCGCGGGAACUACAUGGUGCAUGUUGAUUGCAACGGGAAGCCAAUCACGGGGAGCCCGUUCCCAGUGUUUUUUAGCGCCGGCACAGCCAUAGGGGCAACGAGCUUGCCUGCGGUGUCCUCUUACCCCAAUAUGGUCAAUCAGACAAUGCCCAACAUGCCAAAUUAUGCAGGCUCAGUAUCUGGGGCAUUCCCGGGGCUGUUAGGCAUGACGCCUGGUGUUGCAUCAGGAUCCGCCGGAGGCGUGGUUUUGCAGGGGAUUGGGGCAUCACUGGGAGAGAUCUGUCGGGAGUACUUGAAUGGACGAUGUUCAAAGACUGACUGCAAGCUCAAUCACCCACCACAUAAUCUGCUGAUGAGUGCACUAGCAGCAACGUCAACAAUGGGGACCUUGAGUCAGGCCCCUAUGGCCCCUUCAGCAGCUGCAAUGGCUGCUGCUCAAGCAAUUGUUGCUGCACGGGCUCUUCAAGCUCAUGCUGCUCAGAUGCAGGCCCAGUCUGCUGGGGGCUCGCCAGGCUCAUCUGAUGAGGCUUCCAAAUCUGAUGCUUUGAAGAAAACAAUACAAGUCAGUAAUCUUAGUCCACUUCUUACAGUGGAUCAUCUCAAACAGCUUUUUGGUUACUGUGGAACUGUUGUUGAUUGCACCAUCACGGAAUCGAAGCACUUUGCUUAUAUCGAAUAUACUAAGGCAGAAGAAGCAACUGCAGCUUUGGCACUGAACAACAUGGAUGUAGGGGGCCGUCCGUUGAAUGUUGAGAUGGCAAAGUCCCUUCCUUCAAAAUCAGCCAUGGGAAAUUCCUCAUUACCGUUAGUUAUGCAGCAAGCGGUUGCUAUGCAACAGAUGCAAUUUCAACAAGCCUUAAUGAUGCAACAAGCAAUGGCCUCGCAACAGGCUGCUGCUCGAGCAGCGACAAUGAAAUCUGCAACAGAGAUGGCAUCAGCAAGGGCAGCUGAAAUAAGUAAAAUGUUAAAAGCAGAAGGUCUAGUUAGUGAUGACAAGGAAGUUAAAAGAAAGUCCAGGUCCCCGUCUAUCCCUCGCCGUGAUUCCAAGUCUCGGUCAAGGUCACCCAUUAAGUAUCGAAGAAGCAGGUAUUCUCGGUCUCUGUCACCUGCAGUGAGACAUUCCCGAGACCAAAGAUCAAGAUCACCAAUAAGAUCACGCCAUUCACGUCAUGAUGACAGGUCGUACAGAGUUGAUCGUGAUCUCUAUAGCAGAAGACGAGAAAGGGAUAGAUCACGUGAUCAUUACUCUGUCUCAAGGAGAAACAGAAGUAGGAGUUCAAGUCCUCAAAGAAAAUCAUCUCGAGCUGGAUCGAGAUCACCCAAGCAUCACAGAGAAAGUGCAAGCUCCAGAACAAAGAGGUCAUCUCGAGCUGAUUCAAGAUCGCCAAGGCAUCAUAAAUCAAGUAGAUUAUCUCCAGUAAAUAGUCAUCGGUCUUCCUCUCAUCGUGGUAGGCAUUCUAGAUCUAGAUCUAGAUCCAUUGAGCGAAAGCAUCAUUCAAAUGAAAAAGAAGACUCCAGAAAAACCGAAAAGUCAAAGCAAGAUUAUAAAAGAUUGGAGAGAAGUAAUGAGUCCUCUAAAGAUCCAAAAAGGUCAAGGGACAUUAAGGAAGAUAAGUCUGCGGCACAUUCAACUGGCGGUCCUAAACGAAGGUCCUUGUCACCCAAGGAUGAGAGAAGUGCUAAUAAGCACAAAAGGUCUAAGCUGGAUGAUUCAAGUUCUGAAAAAGCUGACACUGUGAACAAGGAUCAAAAUAUAGAUGGGGAGUGCUCCGAGUCAAUAGGAGAUAAGAAGUCUGUGCAGUCUUCAACUUUAAAACAGCACAGAAACUUGGAAGAUGGUGAUGAUGUUAAGCAUGCUGAAAAACGAUAUUCAAGCAGGCAUGAGAGUUCAAGAUCAAGUCACAGGAAGCAUGAAAAAAGUGACUCGGCCACUACGGAGAGAGAACGUCCAACUGUUGAUUCCACACACUUGAGGGAUGAUAAAAGGUCUUCACAUCAUUCAAGUUCAAGAUCUCACAGAACUUCUCGUCGUUUGGAAGAGGGGUCCCUCAAGGCUGCUAUUGACCAGAACAAAGUGGAGAAGCUAAAAGAGAACAACAUAAAAACUAGUGGACUCGAAGCUGUCAUCACCAAGGAAUCUCAAAUUUCAGAUGACAUCCAUGGAAAAUCUGACAACUGUUCAAAGUUGGAGCCUCACAUGUCAAGUCCCUGUUUGACUGGGGAUGAAUCUAUGAGAAAUUCUAAGGCUUCUAGUGGAGACACAAAUCACAUAGAAGGUACUUUCACUGGAUUGACAAAAGAUUGUAAUGUUGAAAAUGUGACUUGUAAAGUAAGUUUAAUGGUGGGUACUGAUGAUCAUACUGAAAACAAAGAGGCAGAGUUCCAGACUACUGAACUUGAGAAUCACAGUUCCAUCAAAAUUAAGGAUAAUGUUGGGCAAGACCCAGCAGAUUUAGAUGAUGAUUGCUGGCAAAAAACUGCUGAUUUGGCUGCCAAGUAUCCUCCAUAUGUUGAUCAGGGAUCGGUAUACACUAAAAGUGGUAUGUCACCUUCUGGAACAGAUAUUACCGCCAGGAAAAGUAAAUACACUGAGUUGAAGGGACCUCAAAGUACCAUUCCUGAUAAAAUAGGAGUUGAAGGGGCACCAAAUGUUGAUUCCACAAAUAUUACAAGCAUUACUAAAGAAUGGUACAUUGAUCGUGACUACAAACCAGAUGAACUGGGUACAAGUCAUAUGAAUCAGCAGUCAUCAAACUUAGUUGCUCAUGUGGGCUCCCUUUUUGAGGGGCAGAUCAAUGGUUUAAGCAAUAAUGAGAAAAUAAAAGAGAAAAGUGAAACUGAGGAAUACGGCUGUGUACAGACAAUUCAGUCAGUACCACUUGAUCAUGGGAACCCCAGUGAUUCCAAAGAAAUUAGAAACGUGGAAUCCUCUUCUGCCUUAAUGGUCAGAGACCAUGGAUAUUUUUCACAAGAUUUAUCUAACAUGAAUGAUAUUUCUUUCACUAAUGAGAACUUGACUGAUCAAAAUCCAGAGGUAAAUUUUGGAGGUCACAGGAUGAAGUAUGAAGGCAGAUGUGGUGAACCACAGAGUGCUGGAGUAGUGGAGAUCUCCUCUCUUAACAAUCACAUGUCCGCUGAUAAGGUUGCAGAGUCAAAUGAAGAUUGGACGACCGCACAUUCUUCUGUCCUGGAUGCCCCAGCUAGCUCAUCAUCACCAUAGAAGACUUACAACUGGACCUUAACAGAAUACAGAUGCAGCUAUUAGUCUAUUACUUGGCUUUUCUUUUUCUGAUCCAGGAGUUUUACUUGCAGGAGAUGGCGAUAAUGUCGUUGGAAGAGGUCUCUUUGCCAUGGAAGUACUCCCUAUGAUAAUUCAAGAUUUGUUCUGUGGAACUAUAAUGAUGAAGCCUUCAAAGGAAUGAACUCUAUAGUCUUAUUAUGAGUUUGUGCUGAUAAGAUGAUAUCAUCUGCAGUUUUAGUGCAUCAACCUGCACGUGUUUGUCUCUGCAGGUCUUCAGUACCUGGAACACUUGGGAGCAUCGCUGGGAUAUCUGCUGUUAGGGUUAUUCAGUGAUAUUCAGGGGAUGGAUGGAGCAUUUUCUAUUGAUGAGGACUCCUUGUUGAUAGCCCAGUGUAAGUGAUCAAUGAACGGCACGGUAUAGUUGUUGGUCGUCUGAGAACUGUCGAGGCCAAGAUCAAAACUAGCGGUGUAGCUUCAUGAAACAAGAUUCUUUACUUUCCAAUCAAGCUUCAUGACUUAUUUGCAACUGAAUACAAGACUGGCUUCAUGAUGAGCCAUUCUGAAGUGUCCAAUUAGUUAGUCAUACAACUUACUACCGUGGUCCUGUGGUAUCCAAAAUAUGUGCAGGUAACGAAAGAGAAUUGCUGCUGGGAUAACAUGAAAGCAAAUUGGGCCAUUGUUCCACCGAUGCAAGAAAGAAACUACAUUUGUUCGUAGGAUGUGGGAAGACACCAGAUGAUCCGAGUAGGAUGGUCUUGCUUCUGAUCGUGUUCUUCACUGACCUUUUACGUUUUGCCUUGCAUCAUAAAAUUUCUUGUUUCUCUUCUUUUUCUAUAUCUCCCUAUGCUCAUUUUUCCUUUUGAGUUAGGGUCUGCUUUGGAUGACUAUUAUCCUUGGUAAAACUAUGAUCCUUGGUUAAAGAGAAAGAUGCAGAGGAUCAGCCAGUUCUCCUGAUGGUGCGUCCGUAUGAGCUGCUCAACAGCCCCACUUGAUGGUAUUUCUUUUGCACUGACCCCCAAAACAUGUUUCUUGUCUGUUCUCUCUCUCUUUUUCUGUUGUGCAACGGGCUGCUAAGUGAAUGUCAAGGCAAGUAUAGAUCUUUCUUUUUAGUCUUAGGCCUAGUUUUUUUUUUUGUUCUUAACAUCUUAGUCUUAGUUCUUUAAGUCUUGUACUUCUCUCUCUCUCUCUCUCUCUAAGACAAAAAAAAGGCGAGUAUAGAUCCUGUACCAUGUAAAACCUCUGUUAAAAUUAGUUUUGGAAUCUGUGCAAAUUUUACCUUUCUUAACCUUGCAAACCUCUAAGCGAGUGGACCUUGCUCGCUCUUGUUCAGUCAAAUCUUCCUUAAACCAUGUCCAGGAAAUCUUGUCGGUUCUCAGGCAAUUUCCUCUCCAUGUUAGGAAUCACCUACUACUACUACUACUCUCCAUGAACCUGGUGUCGACUACUCUUUCUCAAGAAUACACUCGUUCAACAGAACAACCACGGUGGUGGUGGCUAUUUUGUAUAGAGAUUCUUUUUAUCACAUUAACAUUAUCAACGAUAUGUUCUCCUA